AACAAAUAUGAGUGGUGGGACGUUAGUUCAUUCCGAUUGCAAUAAUUAACGACAUCAACAAUUUAUAAUUCCGUUUUUAGUCUUUUGCCGGCAUCACAUGAAAACGGACGAUGGACUUUAACGGUACGGUUUAAAACGAACAAACGGCCUGCCGUGAAAGUUACGCGUUUCUUGUGUGUAUUUUUUACAUUGUUUCGUCAUUGAGCGCCGUUUAAAAUAUUGCCAUUGUGUUGUUUAGUAAUUUAUUUAACAUACUUACGUUUCAAAUAAUUUGUGUUGUGUACCUACCUACCACCUUGCAUUUAGUUCCUUGCCAUGAAUUAAUUAUAGAAGAAUGAAUACCUUAUUCAGUCUACAAGCAAUAACCUAAAACUACCAGUGUUCCGCAAAGCACCGUGUGAUAACAGCACUUACUGAGGCCGAAAUAAUAAUAUAUUAAACAAAUUGCAGUGACAAUUUUCCAAUUGAAAUAAAAAAAUAUGUCUUCGGUACAAGUCCAGCCGCCUCUCAAUCUACAGUUUAACGCGAACAGUGGGCAGCUCCAGAUGGCAGACGAAAAACCAUCAAAUUCGCGAUUGGGAAAACGAACACUGAACUUGAAAAGUGAUGUGGAAACGGUGCCAGAAGAAAAUGAUUUUGGUGAUAAGGAAAGUAAUGGUACUCAAGAUGAGGAGGAUGAACGUCUCGAAAUGAAAGAACUCAGAAGCUCAGACCCAGUACCUGUAACAGUAUUAGAUCAUAAAAAAAGAGAUAACGUAAUGGCAGAUAGUAAAAGCUCAAGCCCUGCAGGCUCAAUCAGACGAUUAACUAAUAGAAAUAGACAAUACCCGGAUUCUCAACAAGCUUCCACAAGUACAAGUAAUAAAAACGGAGGCACACUAAUUUCAAGUAUAAGUAGCCCCAAUUUUCGGAGGGAUCCCAGCAUAAGGUCUUUGAAAAAUUAUCAUCACGUUAUGAGUGAUUUGCACGUCAUGCAAGGUAAUAAACCUCCAAGCAGUUUAGAUUCAGGAUACGGCAUGAGUGCAAGGCCGUUUUAUGAUGCUGGUUCAGCGAGAUCUUGGGCUUCAGUUGGUAUGGGAUCUACCGAUGGCAAAAAGAUGAUUGUGAGAAGGGUGCCAACAUCUCCUGUGGAGCUGUUUAAUAUUGUUAAUCCUCCAACGCCACCAGAAGAAUAUGUGUAUGACGAUGAAAGUGAUGAUGGGAGCGGAGACGAUGAAGAUAGCGUGUACAUAAAGCCAAGAAGACAACAUUGGUCCAACAAACUGCAAUUCGUAUUGGCUUGUAUAGGCUACAGCGUUGGAUUGGGUUCAAUAUGGCGAUUUCCGUACUUGUGUUACAAAAGUGGAGGAGCCGUAUUUUUAAUCCCCUAUGCCAUAAUAAUGGUGUUUAUAGGGGGUCCCAUGUUAUACAUGGAACUAGCUGUGGGUCAGUUUACUGGAAGGGGCCCUAUUGGUGCUCUAGGGCAAUUAUGCCCCUUGUUAAAAGGUACUGGUCUUGGUAGUGUAGUAAUCUCUUUCCUAAUGUCAACCUACUAUAGUGUAAUAAUAGCAUACGGUGUAUAUUAUUUCUUCACAUCAUUUCGAACGAAACAACCUUGGGAUGAUUGUACGCACCGAUGGAAUACUCAGUAUUGCUGGGUACCCUCAAAAUUUAGCCAGAAUAUCACCAAACCAUUAUUCAGCCAAAGUCCAGCUGAGGAAUUUUAUGAUCGAAAAGUGUUGCAAAUUGGUAAAGGCAUAGAAGAAUUUGAUAUUCUUCGUUGGGAACUCGUAGCUUGUCUAAUUUGUGCCUGGGUGUUAAUUUACUUUGGAAUAUGGAAAAGUAUCAAAUCAUCUGCAAAAGUUCGAUACUUUACCGCGACGUUCCCAUUUGUAAUCAUUAUUGUUUUGCUGAUUAAAUCUUUGACGCUGGAAGGAGCUGACAAAGGCAUGAGAUAUUUCUUUAAACCCAGAUUUGAGUUACUGUUAGAUGCUAAGGUAUGGGUGAAUGCAGCCAGUCAAACAUUCAAUUCCAUGGGUUGCGCUUUUGGAUCUAUGAUAUCUUUUGCCAGUUAUAACAAGUACAACAAUAGUAUUCUGCAUGAUACCAUCGCAGUUUGGUUGGUCAACGGUAUAACAAGUUUAAUUGUGGGUAUUUUUGCCUUUGCAACUAUUGGUAAUAUUGCAAAUGAACAAGGAACAUCAAUAGAAGAUGUCAUUGAUGACGGUCCUGGUUUAAUUUUCGUAGUCUAUCCACAAACUAUGGCGAAAAUGCCCACUUCUCAACUAUGGGCUGUGUUUUUUUUCUUCAUGCUAAUCUGUUUGGCACUAAACAGCCAAUUUGCCAUUGUAGAAGUUGUCGUGACGUCAAUUCAAGAUGGCUUUCCUGGUUGGAUUAAGAAACACUUAAUGUGCCACGAGGUCCUGGUACUAAUUAUAUGCGUAAUUUCGUUUUUGUGCGGCUUACCAAAUGUCACCCAGGGUGGCAUAUACUUUUUCCAACUCAUCGAUCAUUAUGCAGCUUCUAUAUCCAUAAUGUAUCUAGCUUUUUUUGAAGUAAUUGCAAUAUCAUGGUUCUAUGGAGCAUUUAGAUUGAGUAAAAAUGUAAAAACUAUGACCGGCAGACAUCCUGGCUAUUUUAUCAAAAUGUGUUGGUUGGUAAUCACUCCUUUAAUGAUUUUUGCGCUAUGGGUGUUCCUAAUAAUAGAUUAUGAACCACCAACAUAUAAUAAUGGAGCUUACCACUAUCCUAAAUGGGCAAUUGCGAUUGGUUGGAUUAUCUGUUCAUUGUCAAUUAUUUGCAUUCCAGCUUACAUGAUUCUUGUGUUUGUGAAAGCUCCAGGUUCAACUUUAAUGGAAAAACUUAAAAAUUCCAUAAAAUCUGAUUUAAUGGACAAAUGUCCGAAAUGCGAAGAAACUGAUUGCGACUGUGUGAUAAAAGACGAAGAAAUCAGGCCAAUGUUAGUUAUGCAAGCGCACCCAGAAAUUAGGAGGGAUUUGAAUAUACAGAGUGGAACGCCUAUUUAUACGCCAUCAGUUGCUAGCAAUUACAACAACGCCACAAGCUCAAAUUCAAAUCAGAAUACAGAAAACUCAAGCCGCUCAGAAAACAAUAACACCGAUAAUGUUAGCCAAUAUGAUAACGUUAACGAACGAUUUGGAAAUAUUUUAAAUAAUCAUAAUAAUAAGAACAAAAAAUAAGUGAUAUUAUAUUAUUUAAUUUUUACGAUUACCAAUAAGUAGGUAGGUAUAGGCUUUGUUAACGUUUGGCAAGUUUAUAAACACAGAGCAGGUAAAGAAGUUUCGAAUUUAGAUGUCAAGAAUAAAGGUAAAAUAUCAAGUUCAUUUGGUCCCUAAACAUAAAACGAAUCAAGAUAAAGCUUUUUCAUGAUUUAUACCACACAUUUAUAACUACUCGAAAUUCUAGUAAAUCCUUAUUUUUCUAUAGUUUAUUUAUUAACUCAGGGGCGGAAUUUCUAAGAAACAGAAGAAUAAACAUAAUAAACUAAGUAAUUUAAGUCCAAAAUAAGUGUGAGUGACUUAUUCCUCACAUCCACCACACAAUUCCAGUGGCAUGUAUAUUUAAUCGAUCAAGUAAUACGUAGGUAGGUACCCUAGUUUGACUUGUCAUUAUUGUAUGCGGCAUUAUUUGAGUCACUGACACUUAUUUUGGACUCAGAGUAGAUAUAGGUAUCUGAAUGGAAUAAGUUACCUGUUCAAGAUAUUUCGCUUGCACCUGUAGCUGUCCUAAAUCCGCUGCAGCCUUACUUUAUAGAUUAGUAUGUAUAAUUAUUUGUAUGCAGUGCUCAACAAUAAGGAUCACAAAGGUAGUUCUUACAGAGUUUUGACAUUCUUUUGUUUACCCUCUUUUUUAAUUUUUCCUGUGGUAUGUUUAUUAGUAAGUAUUUCCACGGAAUAGGAUAAAACAACUACCCUCAAAAGAAUUUCAAAAUGUAUUUAUUAACGUGUGUAUUUGUGCAAAAACUGACAUAUGGCAUUAUAAUUUGAGCCUUGAGCCCUAUCAAUUGAGCAUCUUAUUCAUGUUCCAAGAAUGUCGUGAGGCCUGAGACACAGCAAAUGGUUCUGGCUAUGCUAAGGGCCUUUGAUUGAUCAUUGCAAUUGGCACAUACUAUAGGUACUCUUUUAACAUCCCUCGUAUUAAGUCAAAAUUCUAACCAAUAAAUCUAUUUAGUGCAGUGGUGUACAAAUAUUUUUUUUCCUUCAACAGUUUAUUAAAACUAUAAAUGAUUUAUCAAUCUGAUUUUGACACAUGAUGGAGGAUGUUUAUAUAGUGUGUGCAAAUUGCAAUGACUCUGACUGUACCUACAUACAAAUAAUUAUACAAUAGAAUUAUAUAUUUUAUUAGUUAUUAGUGAAUCAAAUGAUAUUACAAUAUUUUACAGCUAUGUCUUAUUUGCAUUAUACCUAAACAUACAAAGCCCAGUACUCGCUUGAGCACGAAUGCAAACACCAAGUAAUGCAUGCAAAAUAGCCUGACCUACUCUUUGUCUAGACUGUGACUGUACAAAUUUAAUGUGAAGGGCUUGACACUCUUAAAAAUAAUAGAGAGAUACUACGUUUUCAGUUUAUUCAAAUUCAAUAUAUUUCCACAGCGUGUUUUGAACCCGAUCUUGACUUUUCACAUAAACAAUUUGUACAAUUGUUUCUAACAAUAAAAACAAAUUAUUCGUUUUUACAGGCUAAAAAGGAUCUAUCUUAGCUAUAUAAUUUUUUUCGUAACAAAUAUUUUAUUUCUUUAACGACAAAACUUAAAAACAAAUUAAAGCCUAAUUGAAAAAAUUAAAACCUAUAAAAAUAUCCCCGCGCAUUUCAAUUCAUGUCAAGUUUAUUCGAAUAGUGCUUGUCGUAAAUGCUUCAUAACAUGAUGUUCCUAGUCCUAGGUAGUGUUAAAAAUCGAAUCGCGCAUAGGCCUAAUGUCAAACUAACCUGAGGCGCUAAUACUGCAUAACUCCAUUUGGGUUAUAAUCGAUAUCUCCUUAAUUCCAGAGAAGGUGAAGGUAUGCUAGUUUACUUCAGGUGUAAUUAUCAAAUAUAAUAAGAAAUAGUGUGUAAGAUACCUUUUAUUUAUGUUGUAUUACACCCUACAGCCACCCACUACCCAGACACUAGACAGUGAUAUUUUAUGAAUGUGGUCGAAGGUAAUUAAGUACAAUUAUGUAAUAUUCUAAUUAUAGAUUUUUUUUGGUCGUAUUUUUACCAAAACAUUCCAUACGUCAAACCUUGAAAGUAAUUAAUUUUUGGUGCAAAAACAUAUCUACAUAUGUAGGUAUAAAAAUAUGCAAAGUUUACUAUUUCCUAGAUUAAUAUACACGCCUUAACAUAUUCCUAUUUUUUCGAAACGCAUACCUAGGUAGGUAACUUAUAGAAUGUUAAUAGGUAAUUUAGGAUUAUUAGGAUUUGGAAACUGUGAAAAUACAUAUAUUUUGUUAAAAAUCUGUUAAAUAAAACCAUUGUAAAUAAAAAAAAAAUGCAAGACAACAAUAUUGUUGCAUUAUUGUUGAAGAACUUUUCAUAAACUGUUCAUAUGGAAAAAACAACGAAAAAAACUGAUUCACAGGGCCAUACAAGUAAAGUGUAACUGGCGAUUAUUCAAAUUCCAUCAUAUGGCGAUUAUUUUCUUUUUGGAUAUCCAAAAAUUUUUGCAGAAGCUUAUUGGGUUAUAUUAGCGAAUAUUUUCAUAUUCUUGAAACUCCUACUAGUCAAAAAAGAUAUUUACCCAGAAAAAAACUUCGUAUCUUUUCCGAAUAAUUUGCUCUUUUCCCUAAUCCCAAUUUUGAGAAUAGAGAUUUACACUGGUUGUGCUCUUAAAAUGAGAAAAAAAGAUAUUGAAAUAAUUAGUCAUUAGGUAGUAAAUAACCUCAAAAAAUAGUUCAAUUAUUCUAUUCUCUUCUAUAUCAAUUAUUCAUACAUUUUUUUUCCAAGCUUUCAGAUUUCUCAGUUCAAUUUUGAAGCUCACUGAGAAGAUUUAGAAAAAAACAACAUUAAAUUUAUCCAAAUCCUCAGGAAAUAUAAAUUUGAAUAAGAACCACAGAAACACGGAAGACUUUUUGGUUUACUAUGACAUUUGACAGAAGGUAUAGCGUCAGGCGACGAUUUAUUUCCAUUAAUUUUAUAUUAUGAACAGUCAAACACUUAAGCUAAAAUCAUCUACAAAAUAGGUAAUCUCCUAUACCAAAAUCUGGCUCGGAAAUCAUCUGAACAUGUCAAAAAUGCAGCCUGGGUGGGUGAAUGAGCUAUAAGUCUCACUGCCCCAUUAUGUCCCAAAGACAUCAGUUGCUUUCUAGAAGCAUUUCUAGAAUUCCAGGCACAUAGAGACGUUGUUGCUUCAUCCGGGAAAAGAACAUAGUCUUCUGAAUGAUUGAAAACUGCUUGUGCUUCAUAUUCUUGCUUUCCAGUUGUACCGGCUCCUGUAUAAGCAAUUAAGCACCUGCUAGUAGAUAAUUCCCACAAUUUACAAAUAGAAUUUUUGCCGGUAGAUAGCAGAUAUUUUCCAUUUCGUGAAAAUACUAUUGAGCAAACCUCAUAACCAUCGUGAGCCUGAGCA